AGGCAAUUUACAUCUUCAUGACUCUUUGUGGAACCCAUAUUCUAUGAUUCUUAUGCAUGCUUUAGAUUCUCCUAUGAUCAAAUAUGGUAGUUAUCAAUCCAAACUCUGCUAUCCGAAAAUGUGCUAGGGUUCAACUGAUUAGAAAUGGGAAGAAGAUUGCAGCAUUUGUCCCAAUCGACGGUUGCUUAAACUACAUUGAAGAGAAUGAUGAGGUGUUGAUUGCUGAAUUUGGACGUAAGAGGCAUGCUGUCGGAGAUAUUUCUGGUGUCAGAUUCAAGGUCGUGAAGGUAUCUGGUUUCUCCCUUCUGGCUCUCUUCAAGGAGAAGAAAGAGAAGCCAAGGUCUUAGUUUUGUGCGCGGAGAUUGUCUAUUUUUGUCUUUUGGUAGUUUUGUUGGAAGUAUUGGAAUGGUACUCUAGAUUGUUUGAGCAGUGUUGUGGUACCUUGUAGUUGUGUUAGAUCUAAGAAAGAUUUCAUCUGAAAUUUAGAUUGUUGUGUUAGGGUUUGUGUGGCCUCUUGUGUUUUCCUAAUUUUGGCAUGCUAAUAAUGGUGUCUAAAAGAACUUUUUCUAUUUCUAGUUGUAAUAAUUUUCACAUAUGGCUUCAAUUUUGAGACUCAAAUGCAAUG